AUGAGCCAGCGCGUAUCGCGCCCGGUAGCGCGAUACCGUCCAGGUCAGGCACCUGUACAUACAGAAAAGGACUCCUCGUCAUCAUCUUCAUCAGACGAAGAAGCCGCGCCCCGCGUACAGCAACGCGUGUCGUUGCCUAGCCGCGUGACAAGCGCACCAAGACCGCCACCAUCAUCGGCGGCAACAUGGAUCCAUCCGCCACCACAAGUACCACAGGGACCUCAGCUGGAGCUGAGUGAGUAUGAAACUGACACAGAUGAUGAGUCCGAUGAUAGAGAAGGCGAGAGUCGUAAUCAUGGCCCUAAUCCUUCACUCAAGCUUGCAUCAUUCUCAGAGGCUCAGAAACCUCCUCGUACCCCGAUGACCAGCGCAUCAUCUAGGCUGGCACCACCACCCCGGUUGAACAAGCAGGCACUUCCUCCUUCAUCUGUUACUUUGGGUGAAGUUUCUGCUGCUGGAGCGCAUGAGAAUUCCAUCAAAGCAGAGAGCGGCUCUGAUUCUGAGAGCGAAUCUGGCACCGAGAGCGAGUCUCCAAGCGAGAGUGAUGAAAUGCCUGCUCCGCUGCCUAAACCUAUCUUUGUAUCAAAACGCGAUCGAGUAACACACGCGUCCGGUCCAACUGAACAUGUGGAAUCGACGAGGCGUGGGGUCGAAGAAAAGCGCAUUCAUCGGGAGCGAGCGCAUGAACUUGCGGCCCAGCGCAUUGUCCGAGACAUGCAGGAAAGGGAACACGAAGAUUCGCAGUGCGAGGUAGAUGAUACGGAUGGCAUGGAUCCAGAGGCAGAAUUUGCCGCCUGGCGCAUCCGAGAACUGGCGCGGCUUGAACGUAUUCGACAAGCCGAGCGCAUGCGUGAGAGCCAAGAGGCUGAAAAAGCGCGACGUCGCGCAAUGCCUGAGCAUGAGCGACUUGCGGAGGACCUCGCUCACGCACGACACACACGCGCGGCGAAGCAGCGAGGGCACCAGGGCUUUAUGCAGAAGUAUUACCACAAGGGUGCAUUUUUCCAGGAUAUGGAUAUUCUACAGCGCGACUAUACGCACAGCACGGUCGAUGCCGUGGAUAAGAGUCAGUUACCGCACAUAAUGCAGAAGCGCAACUUUGGAAAGCGGAGCCAAAGCAAGUGGACGCAUCUGGCUGGUGAAGAUACCACGCGUCAAAAGGAAGGCGAGCCUGACUUGAGAAUGCAAGGCGCUUACCUAGCUCAAAGACAUGUGCGUUGA